CUCACAGUCAUGGCAGCAUUCCACCAACUCCCUUUCACGAAAUUCGCUCGUAGCACCGGACAACACAUCGCGUACUCGAAGCUCGACCCAUCAGUCGCGUCUACAUCCGCCUCCCGCACCUUUGUCUGUGUGGCUGACCUGGGUGAAAUCCGAUACACUUAUCGAUUCCUCGCUCCUUUGCUAGCCCAAGCCGGCCACACCGCGUACAUGGUGGAUCUACGAGGAAUGGGCGACUCGUCUUCUAGAUAUUCGAGUUAUUCUGUGGAGAGCUGUACCGAGGACAUUGAUGCCCUCGUCGAAUCGAUCGCGAGUCCGGUGGCGUGAUCGGCAGCAGUUUCUCGGCGGCUUGCAUCGUUCUGCUUCAGGCUCCCAACGUCAUGGGCUCCAUGGUCCUCGGACCAUUUGCCUGAGAUCAACCAGGCGUGGGGAACAAAAAAGUCUUCAAUUUUCUACCGCCUGCCACGAUUUUUCGGCCGUACGGGGUGUCCAUGGGGAUGUCGUACUGGA